GUAGUCAAAGGUAAAGAGCACAGAAUAUCCAUGCUAUAUACGGGCUGUCGCGAUACAAGGUGACACACCGCAACCGUGUCACCCAGGUUUCACGGGUAUUUGUUGAUUGUGGGAUGUUGCCAACUCGCGCGGACUUUCCGCCGUUAACCACGGCCCAUCGGCUGGCCACCACCACCACCAGGAUAUUUCUAGUCGGCUUUUGCCGCGACUUACUAGUUGAUCGUGGUGUGCGCGCGGAGUGUCGUCUAACUACGCGGAUCCGUGGCCGCCGCCACCUCUUGUCGUUGCUUCUCGUUUGAAAUCCAUCGUUUUCGUGCAUAUUCAGUGCCCCAUUGGUGACGAAUGUGAUCUCGUCGACCGAAGAUGAGCGAAAGGAGAAAGACACCGUCGACUCGGAAACGGGCCGAGGAACCGGUAACCAGGCCAAGGGAACCGACCAGGCCGCCGAGGACGAGAAAUCAACCGAUCCGCGUCAAUGAGACCACGCAACGGAACGUAAACCGUGUCGAGAAAGUUACGAUGACGACCCUCGACGAGAAUGUGAACCGUGUACCACAGCUACACACAACAAACGAACCAGUGGAUCAUUUAGGUUGGCAGGAAAGAAUAGAACGGAUUCCAAAGGACAAUGAAGAUAUACUGAACCAGGGAAGACCUGUACAAGUUGUAUUGGCUCAUCCAGAUCACACCUUCGAGUUAAAUGAGGAAGCUUUGGCGGCUAUUCUACUCCAGGAUGACAUUAAAGAUAGAAAUGUAGUCGUUGUGUCUGUAGCAGGAGCCUUCAGGAAAGGCAAAAGCUUCCUGCUAGAUUUUUUCCUUCGAUACAUGAAUUGUAAGUAUGACAACAAUAAUAAAACGGAUACCUGGUUGGGCAAAGAAGAUGAACCACUCAGUGGAUUCUCAUGGAAAGGAGGUUCAGAAAGAGACACAACAGGGAUAUUAAUGUGGUCAAAAGUAUUUCCUGGCACUUUACUGAGUGGUGAAAAAGUGGCCAUCAUCUUGAUGGACACGCAAGGUGCGUUUGAUAGCCAGAGUACGGUCAGGGAUUGUGCAACAGUAUUUGCACUUAGCACAAUGUUAUCGUCGGUACAGAUUUAUAAUUUGUCACAAAAUAUCCAAGAGGAUGAUCUGCAACAUUUGCAAUUGUUUACUGAAUACGGUAGGCUUGCGCUAGAAAAGUCUGGACGCACACCGUUCCAAAAGUUGCAAUUCUUAGUAAGGGACUGGAGUUACCCAUACGAAGCGAACUAUGGUUCAGAGGGCGGAAACAAAAUUUUACGACGAAGAUUGGAAGUAUCUGACAAACAGCACCCAGAACUGCAAAGUCUAAGAAAGCACAUCAAGUCGUGUUUCUCGGAUAUAUCUUGCUUCCUCUUGCCACACCCAGGUCUCAACAUCGCCACGAACCCAAAAUUUGAUGGUAGACUAGCAGAAAUUCAAUCAGAUUUUAAGGAACAGUUGAAAGUGCUGAUACCUAUGAUAUUAGCUCCAGAAAACUUAGUUACAAAAAAAAUUAAUGGUCAGGUUGUUAAAGCGAAAGAUUUAUUAGAAUACUUUAAAAGUUAUAUGAAAAUUUACAAAGGAGAUGAGCUCCCUGAACCGAAAAGUAUGUUAGUGGCAACGGCCGAAGCGAACAACUUAACAGCCGUCGCAGAAGCUAAAGAACUUUACAUAAGAUCUAUGGAAGAUGUUUGUGGAGGAAGAAAACCAUUUUUGGGAACGGCUCAUUUAGAAUCCGAACAUUUCCGUUGUGUCGAUAAAGCUAUUUACCUGUUUCAAAAUAAAAGAAAAAUGGGAGGAGACGAAUUUAGUCUGACGUAUAUGGAAAAAUUAAAGAAGGAUAUGGAAGAUGCUUUCGUUCAGUUUAAAGAUCACAAUGAAAGUAAAAACAUUUUCAAAGCAGCACGCACUCCGGCAGUGUUUUGCGUAAUUGCUGCUGCCAUGUACUUCUUAUCCGGAAUAUUUGGUUUUACUGGAUUAUACCCUAUAGCAAAUAUUUUUAACUUCGCUCUUGGUGUUUGCAUAAUAACACUUAUUUUAUGGACAUAUAUAAGGUACAGUGGUAAUUUUAGAUCACUUGGUACAACACUAGAUGAAGUGGCAAAUAUCUUGUGGGACAAUUUCAUGAAACCACUCUACCAACAGUUUAUGGAGAAGUCAGUUUCUGUAGCAGUGGCUCAUGCUGCUGAAAUGGCUACAAAUACAACAAUGAAUGCCACCGCCACUGCCAAUGGCAAGCCUAAGCUAGCGUAACGUUCAUUCCCUUCAUAACUUAGUUUCUCAAGUCCAUGAAAACAUACAUCUGUGUAUUAAAAUCCAGUAAAUGGCAUAACAAAUUUUCAACAAAAUUUCAAUGUUUUGAUCGUAUAAUACGAGGCCAUAAGUACUUGUAUAGCUCCUUGUUCUCUAAGUCACAACAGGAGACAUUUUAAUAAAUAUCUGAAGCGACUGUGAAUGUAUGUACAGU